CGGGUCGAUAACUAUCGGGCAGGUAGGUACAGGAGGAGCAGACGGAGAGUAGUCAGGUCACGAGCCGGGUACAGCAACUAACGGACAGGUAGGUACAGGGGGUCAGGCAGAGAAUGGUCAGGGUCACAAGCCAGGGAUCAAACAGGAGAAGUCAGGAUCAGGCAGGAAACAGGAACAGGAAUGCAGGUUACAUGAUACAGGGGCCCAUGGAAAAACACACACCAAGGCACAGACUGCAGGUCUGGCCAUCCCUUAAAUACACCACCUGCAAUCAGCCCCAGGUGAUGGCUAAUUGCCGAAGUGAACCUCUGGUUGUUGAGAGCACCCGCUGGCCAGCCCUGGUACUGCAGCCCACAAGGCAGGUGAGUCCCACCACUAUUGGCAAGUCCAUUCCUGACAGUAUCUAGCCUAGUCAGUGCU